AUGACGCCACAAGAAGAAACAAACCAUCUGAAUUCAAAGUCCGACAACAAGAAUGUUGCUACUACUCAAAACGAAGCUGAAGAUUGGAAACCUAAACGAAUUACGGCCCUUUCUAAGAGAAAAAAAUUGUCGAGGAAAUUAUUGGGAGAUGUUUCUGGUUAUGAUGAAGGUGAAUUAUUGAAUUUGUUUGAUGAGGCAGAAUUUCAAGGAAAUAUUGUUCUCAUGAUGAAAAUAUUGAAUAGGCUUAUUGAAUGCAAAAUUAUUUAUUUUGAUUUUAUGCAUCGAAUGAUGAAUGUUUAUUCGAAAUAUGGAAUUAGAGAUUUUGAAAAUAAUUGUACAACUUUUGAAAUAGACCACACUUUUGUGAACAACAAAACUCAGGAAGUGGAGAGAAAAGAGACAAUACAAGGAGAAGAUUUUUACAACCAAUAUUCGCAUAUUAUUGAACUGUUUCAAUAUUUUAUUGAAAUGGAAGAUACUAUGUCGCAUAGAUCUCAUGCCUGCGAUACAAUAGCUGUUUGUCUCUAUACAAUUUUCAACAAGAUUACUGUAGACACAUAUGGAUAUAUUGAGGGUGUAUAUAUUUCUAAAGGUAGUCCCAAGACUGUAUUGUUAACGUCACAGCUAGUUUUUGAAAAAGCUCUUGAAUUUCUAAAGCAAGCUCUUAACAUGGACAAUUUUAAUUCGAAUUCUGAAAAGCUGAAUUGUUAUAGACAUUUCCAAGAGUGCUAUUACUUUUUUGGACAACGCUUGGCAUCAAAGAAAGAUUCUGAAAAGGCUUUUGAAAUGUAUUGCAAAGGAAUUGAGUGGGUAAAAUUCGAAUUCCAUGCAUCGCCAAAUACUUCAGGGCAAAAUGUAAAGGAUUUCAUUGUGAAUAAUAAUUUUGUCUCUAAGAUUAUGCAAAGUAUAAGAUCGAAUUUUGAACCAAGCCUCCAAUAUUUGACCAAGUUUGAGCACAUUAUCCAAUCCGCUGAAAUUACUCCUCAAUGUUUCUGUUCCACAUGCAAACAAUAA